AUGGAGCGGCUCAGGGGCCUGUGUUUCUUGGCUGUUGUGCUGGCAGCCCUGGGGGGAUGCCAGGGCUCGGAGCAGGACGCACAGUGUCCCGGGGCGCUGGGGGUGCAGAAGCGCAUCGACUGCCACCCCCAGCCCGGCGCUUCCCAGGAGAGCUGCGAGGCUCGGGGCUGCCGCUGGGGCCCCACGGAUGUGCCCAACCCUCCCCGGGUGGAACUGAACAAGCGCGACACUCUGUCCCUCUUUGGAAAUGACAUUUCCCCAGUCAUGUUGGAAGUGGAAUUCCAGACAAAGGACAGACUCCGGUUCAGGCUCUACGACCCCAACAGCAAGCGGUUUGAAGUCCCACUCAAGAUCGACUCCCCUGGGGUUACUGCUGAGGAGGCCAACUACGACGUGGAGUUCUCGGAGGACUCCUCGCACUUCACGAUCAAGCGGAAAAGCACCGGCACUGUGCUGUGGGACAGUCCUCUAGUUGAUCUGUUUUUCUCCAACCAGUAUCUUCAGAUCACAACUACACCUUUUGCCAACCUCUAUGGAGUUCACCCUUUCUAUAUGUGUGUAGAAGAUGACUCCAAUGCCCAUGGUGUUCUCCUUCUGAACUCCAAUGCACAAGAUGUUACUCUGAGUCCAAACCCAUCUUUAACUUUCCGCACUAUUGGAGGAGUCCUUGACUUCUACAUCUUCCUUGGACCAACUCCCGAAAAUGUAGUUCAGCAAUACACAGAGGCCAUUGGACGCCCACACAUGCCUGCCUACUGGUCUCUGGGAUUUCACCUCUCCCGUUGGGGUUAUGGCAGCAUUGAUGUUUUGAAGGAAACCGUUGAUCGCAUGCACCGCUACAACAUCCCAUACGAUGUCCAACAUCUUGACAUUGACUACAUGGAUCGUCGCCUGGACUUUACCUAUGACAAAGUGAAUUUUGCAGGUCUGCCAGAGUACAUCCAACAGCUGAAGAAGGAAGGAAUGCACGAUGUCAUUAUUCUGGACCCUUUCAUAAGUAAGGACGAAGAACCAGGCACUUACAGACCUUAUGAUCUUGGCCAGGAAAUGGGAGUCUGGGUGAACAACUCUGAUGGUGUAACUCCUGCUGUUGGAAAGGCCUGGCCCCCCGGAGACUCCGUGUUUCCUGACUACACCAACCCCAGGACAGUGGAGUGGUGGACCCAGAUGUGUUUGGAAUUUAAGGAUGUCCUUGACUAUGAUGGGAUCUGGAUUGAUAUGAAUGAACCAUCCAAUUUCCUGAGAGGCCAGUAUCCUGGGUGUGCUGCUAAUGAUAUCAAUGACCCUCCUUAUGUUCCUAAGAUUAGUGAUGGUUCCCUGUCAGAAAAGACACUGUGUCCUGAUUCCAAGACUUACCUCGGAGAGCACUACAACACUCACUCUCUCUUCGGCUGGUCACAGACAGCACCAACUUUCAACGUUGUCCAGCAGGCAACUGGAAAGCGAGCGUUUGUCCUGAGUCGAUCUACAUUCGUUGGCAGUGGGAAGCACGGAGGUCACUGGCUGGGUGACAACUUCUCUCAGUGGAGGGACAUGCGCCUGUCAAUCAUUGGAGUCCUGGAAUUCAACCUCUUUGGCAUUCCCUAUAUUGGUGCUGAUAUCUGUGGGUUCAACUAUAACACCACCUACGAACUCUGCUUGCGCUGGAUGCAGCUGGGCUCUUUCUAUCCCUUUUCCAGAAACCACAAUGCAGAGGGAAAUAUCGAACAAGACCCAGCAGUGUUUGGAGAUGAGUUUGCCAAGAUAGCUCGUGCUACACUUCGGAUCAGAUACUCACUGCUUCCAUACUUGUACACCUUGUUCUACGAGUCUCAUGUCCACGGAAACACGGUGGCGCGGUCACUGAUGCACGAAUUUACCUCUGAUAAGCAGACUCAUGGAAUAGAUACUGCCUUCCUUUGGGGACCUGCUUUUAUGAUUGCUCCUGUUCUUGAAGAGGGAGCAAGAACUAUGGAUGUGUACUUCCCUGAAGCAGAGUGGUUUGACUACUACACCGGUCAUAAAAUCCCAAGUGUCUGGAAAAAUCAGUAUGUUACUGUGGCUGCCCCAUUGAGCAAGAUCCCUCUGUACAUCCGUGGAGGCUACAUCCUGCCAGAACAGGCUCCAGCCACAACAAAUACUAAGAGCCGUCUGAACCCAUUUGGGCUCAUUAUUGCCCUGGAUGAACAAGGAGAAGCUUCUGGAUCUCUGUUCUGGGAUGAUGGUGAUUCAAUUGAUACUAUUGAAAAGGAGAACUACUUCCUGGCUAAAUAUACAUUCAGCAAAGGAAACCUGAAGACAGAAAUAGUUAAAGAUGGCUACCGAGGGGCUGACACUCUGAAGUACAACAAAAUUACAGUUCUCGGCCUGAAACUGAGACCUCAUGCUGUUGCUGUGAAUGGAAGAGCCCUCCGUGGAGAAGCUUUCUCUUUCGAACUGAGCGGGUGUUCCUCCAGUAGCACCAACAAGGAGAAACCCUAG